AUGGAUAACUUGGAACGACUGAAGAAGAUGCGAGCUUCCAGCCGAGCGACUGUGACGCGUAUCAUCAACGAUUUGAAGACCCUCAUAGCUACAUCGCCCCACGAUCCUGCUCAGCUUACUGCGAAGCUUACGUUUCUCGAAACAAAAGCAUCAACCUUGACUCAGCUCAACCAAGAGAUCCAGGCCCUUAUCGACGAAGCAUCUUUGGAAGCAGAAUGCGAGGCCUGCGAUCAGUACUCGGAAUCUAUUAUCACUAUCUCGGUUCAAGUCAGUGAAGCUCUGAACACCGCUCUCGGUAUCACGAGACUGGCAUCCGCUCAGGUCGGCGGUGCUCCACAGCCUUCGUCUGCUACAUCUCAAGGCGUGGGCCCUCCUGCAGACGGCGUCAAAUUGCCGAAGUUGCGGAUUGACUCCUUUUCUGGUGAGCUGUCUCAGUGGCAAGGUUUCUGGGAUCAGUUUCGUGUCAGUAUUCAUGAGAACCCCAGACUUUCUAACGUCAACAAGUUCAAAUAUUUGAUCUCACUCGUCACCGGACCCGCUGCUCGAGCGAUAGAGGGGCUAUCACUCAGGGACGAGAACUACGUUACGGCCGUCGAUAUCCUCAAGGCACGGUUUGGCAAGACUGAGCUUUUGGUGAGCGACCACUUGGAUUCUUUGUUCGACUUGCCUCCUGUGAAGUCUAUUGAUGAUAUCAGAAGUUUGAGAAAGUUCCAUGAAGCUGUUACGGUUCGAAUUCGGAAUCUUCAGAGUCUGGGUGUAUCACGAAGCCAAUAUUCGAUUACCAUUUUCCGGACAAUUCUUCGGAAGAUACCUUCACCACUUGAGUUGGAAUACUACCGUGCGAACAGAACCGACUCUGCAACCGCCUCGGCAGCCACGUCGACGGCCGAUGAUCUGUCAUCACUUUUGGAUUUCCUUGAAAAAGAAAUUGAGUUUCGAGAACGGGUCCGCAGGCCGACAGCUUCGUCUAAGGAGGAGACUGCUGAUCGCCGCAAGACACCCCUUUACCCUUCUGCUGCUUCUUUAGCAGCCAGCGCGACGGCAGCGGUGUGUGUACUCUGCAAGUCUAAGGAGCAUUCGCUAGAAGCUUGUACAGCCCCACUGAGCGCAGCGGACAAGAGGAGCCUAUUGAGUCGGGAAGGACGUUGCUUUCUGUGUGGCAAGCGGUCACAUUUGUCGAAGGAUUGUCGCGUCUGCUACACACUUCGUUGCCAAAAUUGCAAUAGGCGGCAUCUCACACAGUUGUGUCUGGAGGGCCUUUCCGCUUCGUCGUCCAAUGUCGCUGUUACUCCAGACAUCGUUACGACAUCUCCUGCUCCGUCGUCGAGCGCGGCAGUGGUUCAGGACAUCGUCACGACCAUGUCCUCUGCCCCACAUGCUCCCAAAGUGCAGCCUGAACGAGAAAUUCUUUUGCAAACAGCAAAGGUAUGGGUACAGGGCGAGAAUGGCCAACGACGCCUGGUGCGAGUUCUGCUCGAUGGCGGCAGCCAGCGCAGUUUUAUCCGCAAGGAUAUCUCGGCCAAGAUUGGAUGCACUGCGUUGCGUACUGAGGACUUGCAUAUUCACACCCUUGGAAAUGUCGCUCCCUCCCGUACUACAUACCGUUGCGUACAAGUAGUACUGUGUAGCCAAUUCGCUUCUCCUGACCGGGACCCUGCAGUUACGAUCGAGGCACUUGAAUACGAGCAAAUAUGUUCGAACAAGCUACCAGCCCUUAAUGAAGAUCUCUCAAGGCAGCUGAAAACCAUGGGUCUUGACAUUGCUGACGAACCCACGAAAGCCAUCUGUGACGUUUCGCUGUUAAUCGGCAGUGAUUUUUACUGGAAGAUCGUCACCGGCGCUUCCGUUCGGUUAUCAGAACAGCUGGUAGCUGUUGAAACUCUUUUCGGGUGGACGCUACAAGGCCUGUCUGCGAACGCCUCCAAGCAAGACGGUUCUAUUGGAGUAAUGCAGAUUGGGGUACAAUCUGGAGACACCGUCAGCGAUAUUGACUCCCAGCUGCGUGCUUUCUGUGAACUAGAGCAUAUGGGCAUUGUCCACCGCGAAGAGUCUAACCCAGAUGACGACACUGUGCUCCAGCGAUUUCGUUCCUCGGCAUCGUUCGAAGAUGGUCGGUGCGUAGUGACGUCAUUGUGUCAUCUUCCUCAACACAUUAAUGAAGCUCUCCAUUCUGGACCUAAUCUGAACCCGGAUGUGCUGGAGCUACUCUUGCGCUUCCGCACUUACCCGGUAGCCCUUAUAGCAGACGUGGAGAAGGCUUUUCUACAAAUUGUAUUGGAUAAGCACGACCGGGACUGUUUAAGAUUUUUCUGGUACGCUUCAACCCCCCACGUGAAAGAGCCUUUACCUCCAUUAGAGACCUGGCGAAUGACUCGUGUUCCCUUCGGCGCAAGGUCUAGCCCAUUCCUCUUGGCGGCAACACUCAGACAGCACUUGCAUUCGGCCGCAGGCUCUCACCCUGAAACGGCCCCGUUGCUUGCCAGUAACUUCUACGUCGACGAUCUUGUUGUCGGGGCGGACACUGUUGAACACGCUGCAUCUCUCUACUGUGAAGCUAAAGCCAUUUUGCAAGAAGGCGGAAUGAAAUUAGUUAAGUGGUCUACCAAUGAUUCUACUCUGCAAGCCAGGUUUGAAGCUGAUCGUGUCGCGCCUGCGAAGAGCGCAAUCAUGAAGAAAGUCCUCGGUCUGUCCUGGGACACUGAUUCCGACGAGGUGUUGUACUCGUUGAAGUCAUUUUUCGAGUUCCUCGAGAAACGUUCUGAUACCAAGCGUUACGUUCUGCAAGCGGUAUCUCGUGUAUACGACCCCUUAGGGUACAUCGCUCCUUAUGUCAUCACCGCUAAGAUACUGCUUCAGCGUCUGUGGCUCGCAAAGCUGUCAUGGGAUGAAAAGCUCCCGGAGGAGUUGCUGCAUGUUUGGCACAAGUGGUGCAAUGAAGCGCAUACACUUUCUCGUAUCAGGAUUCCGCGAAGAUUCAUUGCUACGAUGGCUUUUUCUACGGCGGCAAAGACAUUGCAUGUCUUUUGCGAUGCCAGCACGCAAGCCUAUGGCGCUGUCAUCUACCUCGUAUCAUGCAACAGCACCGGGCAUGCGGAAGCAACACUUGUGCUCGCGAAGACUAGAGUAGCCCCGACGAAGACGUCAUUGCCACGGCUCGAAUUGAUGGGCGCAAUCUUAGCCGCGCGUCUUUCCAGCUUCGUGACAAACGCCGUAUCGCUUCGUGAGGCAAGAGUCCUCUUUUGGACAGACUCAGAGAUUACUCUGCACUGGAUUUAUGGGGCACCCACUACAUGGAAGCCGUUUGUGGCGCAUAGAGUCGCAGAGAUUCAGUCGAUUACGUCUCCUGACCAAUGGAGACACUGUCCGGGACGGGACAAUCCCGCUGAUCUUCUUACAAGGGGAACGUCUUGUCUUCACAUCGUGGACAGUCCUUGCUGGUGGAACGGACCGGAGUGGUUGUGUGACAAGACUGCGUGGCCUCCCGCUUGGCACACGCCCACCGAAGUUUCGCCUGAUGUACACCACGAAGCAAGACCUGUACACGUUUGCCUCGGUCACGCUACCGUGAAGAGUCCCCCUUUUGAGGUACUCAACUACAGUUCAUUUUCUAGGCUGCUGCGUGUCACGGCGUGGGUACAGAGGUUCUUACACAACUCUCGUUAUCAGCAAACCAACAAAACGGGAGCUCUAACUACCACAGAAGUAGAAGCUGCACGGAGAUACUGGAUAGUGGUGGCACAGCAGCAGUCUUUCGGCCAUCAACCUACCGAGCAUAAGUCUCUUCAGAAUACAUCCGUCUUCCGCGACGAGCAUGGUAUACUGCGCAUGAAGGGCCGCCUGCAGUAUGGAGGAUACGCAGAUUCACUUAAGCACCCCAUAAUCAUCCCUACGGAUCACCCAGUCACCGCUUUGCUAGUGAUGAGCACGCAUACAAGGCUUCUCCACGCAGGUGUUCAAGAGACUCUAGCCGAACUCAGAGAAGAAUAUUGGGUCAUUAGAGGUCGACAGGUCGUCAAAAGAGUCCUCCAUCAGUGUCUUGUUUGUAAACGCGCCAAGGCUCGCGUCUGUACUGAGCCAAUGGCCCCUUUGCCGCGCGAUCGGGUAUCUCCCUCACCACCAUUUGAGGUAAUUGGCACGGAUUAUGCAGGACCACUUUAUUACAAGUCAUCCACUGGUGGAGCAUGCAAGUCCUACAUACUCAUUUUUACAUGCGCCGUCACGAGGGCCAUUCACCUUGAGCUCACGAGGUCAAUGUCGGCCGAGGAUUUCAUGCAAGCGUUCAAAAGAUUCAUCGCGAGACGUGGCGUUCCGCUGAAGAUCUAUUCUGACAACUUCCUCACAUUUAAACGUGUUCGCCGAGACCUCACCCUGGCACGGCUGUCCCAGGACUCGCAAGUCACCGGGCUCCUUUCAUCGAACCGAGUCACUUGGCGUUUCAUUGCGGAGCGUGCUGCCUGGUGGGGAGGGUUUUGGGAAAGGUUGAUCCGCAGCGUCAAGACCUCCCUCCGCAAGGUUUUGGGAAAGAGCACGCUGAGGUUCGAGGAUUUAGCUACGGUUGUCACUCAGGUGGAAGCUGUCAUCAAUUCGAGACCCCUCACCUACAUCUCUGAAGAUCCAAGCGACUCCGAAGCGCUUUCACCUGCUCACUUCUUGGUGGGGAAAAGACUCACAGCCCUUCCAGCACCCCGCCCAUUGGAUGCGGGCAACUCGACGUCGGGUGAUCUCCGAAGACGCUGGGCCUACCAAGAAAACCUGACCGCCGUUCUUUGGGCGAAAUGGACCAGGGAAUACAUCUUGUGCUUGCGAUCGGCGAAUAUCUGUCCGCCAUGCUCUUCGACUGGCAUCAAGGUUGGGCAUAUGGUACUCCUCGCUAAAGAAAAUGUAUCCCGAGUAGCAUGGCCUCUGGGUCGAGUCGAAGAGGUAUUCGUCAGUGCAGACGGCAGAGUACGGUCAUGCCGUGUAAGGUUGGCGGACGGGAGGAUGUUAACCCGACCAAUUCAGCUGCUUUACAGGCUGGAGGGCGACACUGCGUGA